AUGAAUCGUGAUCGAUUUUCCGAAAGGUGUAUAAGGCUUUCAUUAAUGCAGAAUUUUAGAGACAAAAAGCUUCCUUUCUUUAAUGACCGGUUAGAUUGAGCUUAUGAAGAAAUGAUUGAGAGAAUUAGAAGAAAAGAUGCAGCAAUAAGUACGGCAUGGAUUCUUGGGCUCGGAAGCUGGUAUUGAUAUUAUGUUAAGCCUCAUUUCAACGGAGUUAAAUAUCUUGGAUAUACUUUAGUUUUCUUAGUGUGGGCUUCUGUAGAUAUGCUUAUUAGCACACUUGUUAAAAAUUAUUAUACCGAUAUUAACUUAGAAAAUAAAAUACUUAGAAGAUACCUACCCCAAGUCAUCGAAAAUAACCCGAAGCUUGAAUGUCUUUUUUCCAGCCCAGAUCCUCAAGGUGAAUCUCAAACGAGCACUGAAGAAUAUGAAAUCAAUCAGAUUUUUAAUGGGUGGGUAUAUAAUGUCUAUCAAAAAUGAAACAUAAAUGAAAACAGUAACCAAAUUGGAAAUUUAUAUGAGGAAAGUCCUGCAGAUCAAGACCGUAAAAAAUUUUCAUUUCACCCGGAGAUAAAGGAGGCUAAAACUUUGAAAGCAGGUUAUUCAGAGACUCAUGAAGAUCAAUGAACUUCAAAAAGCAGCUGCCAUGAGGAAAAAUUAUGAACAAAAUAUUUCGAUGGCCCAUUUAACUCAAAAUGCAAUUUAUCCGGUAGCAAAAUAGCUUCAAAAUACAUAAAUGAUUUAAAUAAUCACUAUAUAUGAUCAUUCAGCCAAGAUAAUAUUAGUGCUGCCUAUUAUCCUGGAGUUUCCAUCUUACAAGAUCGGAUUUAA